AUUUUCUUUUAUCGCUGUAGUGUGUAGACGUGGGAGGGAGAUGAACCUCUCCCUCCCUUCUUCUUUCUUCACUCUCUUGUCUCCGUCUCUGAAACUCUCAAACCAGAAUCAGACCCUAACCCGAAAUCUGUACCUUGGGGAGAGAAAAUACUCUCUCCGUUUAACCAUGUCUAUUAAUUUGCAGUCUCACGCAUUCGCAGGUAAUCCUUUGAGAUCCAAAACUCCUAAACCAGGUGACCCAUUUUCUCCAAGUUCAGCCCUUGAAAGCUUGAAAGUUUCUCUUUUGGAGAGUACCCAUGAACCAUCCUCCCAAAAUUUUAAGGUCUUGCCCUUCAGGAAAGGCAAGCCCUUGGCCUGUUGUUCGGAUACCAAUAACGAUGCAACCCCAGUUUGGAAUCUCGGGUGGUUAAGCUUGCCUGACUGCAAGAGAUUUUUGGCGGAUUCUGAUGCUCGUCUGAGUGAGGAUUCGUUCGUUUACCUUGGAUCAGAAGGAGAUCUCAUCUACUGGGCAAUCGACGUCUCGACCAUGAGCGGCUCUGUUUCUGAAUCGGGUGGUAGACGUUUUUGCUUUGUGGAGCUGCGAACAUUGAUGGUUGCCACUGACUGGGCUGAUGCCUACAUGAUGGGGCAAUUGGCUAUUGCGGGUCAUGCUAGGGCAUUGAUAGAAUGGCACAACAUAUCACGCUUUUGUGGGAACUGUGGAGAGAGAACUAUCCCCUUGGAGGCUGGGAGGCGGAAGCAAUGCCCAAAUGAGUCAUGCAAGAAGAGAAUUUAUCCUCGUGUUGAUCCAGUUGUCAUCAUGUUAGUAAUAGAUAGAGAAAAUGACCGUGCACUUUUGAGCAAGCAGUCAAGAUUUGUACCUCGUAUGUGGAGUUGCCUUGCUGGUUUUAUAGAGCCAGGAGAAAGCUUGGAAGAAGCAGUGAGGCGAGAAACAUGGGAAGAGACUGGCAUUGAAGUGGGGGAAGUUGUAUAUCAUAGUUCUCAGCCAUGGCCUGUUGGACCUAAUAGCAUGCCAUGCCAAUUGAUGGUGGGAUUCUUUGCAUAUGCAAAAUCCUUAGAAAUACAUGUGGACAAAGAAGAGUUAGAAGAUGCCCAGUGGCACAGUAGAGAAGAUGUGAGGAAAGCAUUGACCUUUGCUGAAUAUGAGAAGGCACAGAAAACAGCAGCAGCUAAGGUAAACCGGAUGUGCAAAGGUGUCGAGAAGGGCGAGAACUUCUCUUCAGAUUUCAACGUAGAAAGUGGGGAACUCGCUCCUAUGUUCAUCCCCGGACCCUUUGCCAUUGCCCACCAUCUCAUCUCUUCGUGGGUGAAUCAAGAUGCAUUGGAAGGUGCUAAGGUUCUCUCUAAGCAAACCAGCUCCAUGUCAAAUUUGUAAUAUAAGACCUCUCUCUCUCUCUCUUGUGAUUCUUAAAAUUCUCUUCCCGUGCUAUUGAGAUGAAUAGAUGACGAUGUUGUUGUUUACUGAUAUUUCUAAAUGAUGACUGGAAUUUGGUGUAUUGGUGUUUGAUAAAGUGACUCGUAUAUUUCCAUUGGCUGAA